UCUCCGAACGCGGAGGCGGCGCCACGUGUCAUUCACGUGUCCUCACCGCUUUCCCUGCGCGUGCGCGUCUUUUCGAUUUCCUGAUUUCUAACUAUAAAUAAAUAUGAGACUGGGUUUGGUGUCAUUAAGCGUUAUCAGUGGAGUGAGUCUGAUAUUUGCAGUGUUGAAAAUGUCGCAGUUGUUGGAUAAAGCCAAAGCCUUUGUUGCUGAGAAAGUGGCCAACAUGCCUAUGCCUGAGGCCAGUGUUACAGACGUUGACUUCAAGAAGGUGAGUCGCGAGUGUGUUGAGUACCUGGCUAAGAUCUCUGUUUCCAACCCUUAUUCAACACCGAUUCCUAUCUGUGAGAUCAACUACACCCUCAAAAGUGCUGGCAGGGAGAUAGCAUCAGGCACCAUACCAGACCCAGGUUCACUGAAGGCAAGUGACACAACACUGCUGGAAGUGCCGGUGAAGGUAGCUCACAGCAUAUUGCUGAGCAUAGCAAAGGACAUUGGUGCUGAUUGGGACAUAGACUAUCAUUUGGAUAUUGGUCUUGUCAUUGACCUCCCAGUCAUUGGCAACUUCACCAUUCCUCUUUCUCAGAAGGGAGAGAUCAAGCUCCCAACCAUCACUGACAUGUUUGCCUAGCUAGCUCAACCACCACAACAUGGGCUUAAUUAGAGAACAAUAAAACAGAUACACCCUGCAUCUCAUUUUCAGCUUUGUAUCUUGAGUCACUAGCUAUUUAUUUUUCCCUUUGAUUGUACUUUGUUUGCCCUACACAAAAAGUUAUAUAGUACUAAAUACAUACUUCACAAUAAUACUAGUGUUUUUAUCCGUGCGCUGCACGGCGAAA